CUCUGAGCCGCUACUCACACAGUGGAACAUAUAUGUUUUCAGUAAUUGGUUGUGGUUUUCUUAUGGGGAUUUGGUUUUGUUUCUUCUUUUCCUUCCUUGUUCAGCUUGCUACAGAUGCACUUCAAGCAGCUAUUGCCCAACUACAAACUUGAAGCUUUCAGUCUUCAGGAACCCGAGCAUUUCGAUGCCUUCCAAGAGUGGCCAGACGGCUAUGUGCGCCUCAUCUACUCCAGCGAGGAGAAGAAUGCCCAAAGGCACCUGAGCGGCUGGGCCAUGCGCAACACCAACAACCACAACUGCCAGAUCCUGAAGAAGUCCUGCCUUGGCGUGGUGGUGUGCGCGGGGAGCUGUGCCUUGCCCAGCGGUGCCAGGCUGCAGCUGCGGCCCGCCAUCUGCGACAAGGCGCGGCAGAAGCAGCAAAAGAAAGCCUGUCCAAACUGCAAUGCAGCCCUCCAGCUCAUCCCUUGCCGCGGGCACAGUGGCUAUCCUGUCACCAACUUCUGGAGGCUUGAUGGCAAAGCAAUAUUUUUCCAGGCCAAAGGAGUCCAUGACCACCCUAGACCAGAGAGUAAAUUGGAGGCAGAGGCAAGACGAAGUGCAAUUAAGAAGCAAAUGUUGUCUUCUCAGAAUUCCCAGAAAAAGAGGCUUCUGAACUCAGAGGCUGGAAGAUACCAUGAUAGCAGUGGCUAUGUCAGUAACAUGCAAAAUCUGCCCUCCAUAGAUGUGCCAGAAAGAGUCAGCAUCAUCACAGACACCAGUUUUUCAAUUCCAGCUCAGUCUUACCCUUUGCCGCAAAAUACUGACCUCUACAAGAUGUCUUAUGACUCGGCCAGCUUCCAAGAGGACCAGCUGUUGCCAUACCAGAAGUACCCUAAUCCUAGGAUCUACAUGCCCAGGCCAUGUAGUUACGAGUUUGGAGUUCCUCCCUUCAUUAGCUCCAGCCCUUACCCAACAUGUUUUAAAGAUCCAGCAAAUCCUCCUCUCGAUGCUGACCCUAUCAGUUUGAAUGGAUCUCACUACAAUUCCUUGACUAGCAUUGACAAGAGCUUUGACCAUACUGGUAGGCAUUAUGGACUGAAACCAAUCUGGGGAAAAGCUGGCAGUGGUGACAGGAGCGACUGUGGUCAGGUGCAAACAAGCACUAACCACCCUUAUUAUGGUGGUGAGUACACUGGCAAAUACGGCCCCAGUCCUUCUCCCAUGGCCCCACCGCUACAGACUGUCAUCACAACCACCACAAAGGUGUCCUACCAGGCCUACAAGCCAUCCAUGCUGAAAUACACCGACAACCUCUGUGACAUGAAAAACCUUCAGAGCUAUACACAUGUGGCUGAAAAUGUCUCAGGCACUAUCUAUUCAGGGAUGAAGAUUCAGGAAGACUUUGGAAUGAUCAAGUCAGCAUUGCUCUACCAGCAUGACCCAGUCACCACAAAGUCCGAACCAGUUGAGAGCAUGGAAGCCUAUCGGUUUGGGUUACCAAUGGGGAACAGCUAUGCUGAUCAUGAAGGACAAGCCUUAAGGUUUGAGAGUGCUGAAUAUUGACUAAAUGUUACCUACAUUCUAUUGGGAUGGUCAACUGGGAAAUUAAUGGUUGCACUAAUGGUAUGUUGUUUGAGAUUUGAGGAAGAGUGAGAAAGCAAUGUGUAGUUGCUUUCUGGAGCUGAAUAAAGCAUAUUUCCCCCCCCAGAAAAAUCAAUAUAUGUACCUCUAAAAGAGUAGGAAAGGUCCAGACAUGACUGAGAGAUGGUGAUGUGGAGACAAAGCACUUUGGGAAGUAAGCGGCCUCUUGGAAUGGAAACUGUGAUCUGCUUACAGCCACUGUUACUGCCAGUAGCUGGAGAGUGUGCUCCAACUUGGAAAGGAAAACACACCCCAGGUAGUUGAAAAAGGAAAUAGAAGUGGCUAUAGAUUACAGCCAGUGGAAAGAAAUGACAGUGAGACAAGCUGCAGGAUAAUUAACCUGAAUGAUCCAUCCACCUGCCGUGAUCUAUAUAAUGAAUACAAAAACUAGUGGGCUAGAGAAAUGAUAAACCUGCAUGGAAGCCACAUUUUUGUUUAGAAGCAGCAGGUCUCAGUGCAAACAAACUUUGUUGAUUACUACUCCUCUUUUCCCUGCCUCAUUGUUAGGUCUUUCUCUCUCCUGCAAGGGAUAUUUACUAUCAGUUCCUAGCGUCCCCCAACAGUGUUGUUCUCCUAGGAAUAAAGCAACCAAGCAAGAGGUUCAAAGCCAAAAUUUUCUGAGAUCCUGAGAUAAACAAAGAAACUUGGGAACUUGCACUUCUCCAGUUAAUGAAACCCUUCUCCAGUAGGUCCAGAAGAAGACAGCACUGCUGGUUUCAAUUUACAUAGUUUGGAAGUCUAGUACUGUUUAAUGAAACAAAACCAGUAUGCCUAGCAAGAGAGCUAUGUAGGCAGGGAUUUGGUUGAGGUGACAGCAUUAAUUACUAGUUACCAAUUAUUUUAACUUUUUAGGCACUCAAAUAUUUUUGAACAUGUUUUUGUAUAUUUUUGCUGUUUGAGUAAGAGCAUGCUCCUGUAUGCUUCUAAUAAACAUGCAUUUAAACACAAAACAACAUGUAAUCUAACACAAAUGGUUCACUAGUUGGCUUCAAUGUGCAGAAUCUUGCAGUGCUGUCAUCAGGUUAAUAACGAAACCUUACUUCUAUGAUAUGGUGUGCAAACACUUGGGUUUAUGUCAUUAUAUUUGGUGUACUGCUUUUUUAACUUUGUAUUUUUUUUAUGAGAACAAUGCACACAAUCUGAUACUUGAAAUGGAGUUGCACAGCCAAUUAAUGAACAACAUUCAGCAACACCGAUCAGCAUUUUAAAAGCUCAAGCCACUCAAAGCUGGAAUUUAUCAAGAGACUGAAUGAAUUAUCAAGAGUGAAUGAAUUCAUCUACAUCAAGCUUACACGAACCUCCAGCGUAUUUGCUGUCUGCCUCAUGAGGCUCUUGUUUAAAUUUAAGAUAAAGCUUCCUAACAUUAGGAAAAAAAAUGGAAGUAUAGAUGGGAAGAUGGGUUAAGGUCAAGUAAAAUGACUGGAAAGCGGUUCAUAGAAGAUCCCAAAGUCAAAGAGUUCUAAAGAUAUAAGAUAUCCCAUUUUGCAUUGGCUUUAGACAAAUCAGAUGACUGUGACUCUACCUUCAGAUAUGCUAAAAAUGCCAGGACAAGCUGUGGGGGUUCUGUGCUGUUAAUAUACUGGUAUAAAGCUUGUUGCUGUAUCUGUAUGCUUAAAUUGUUAUGCUAUGCUCUCAAAACGCAGUCUUUUAAGCAGGACUUUGUACUUGCUGAGUAAAAGUAGAAAACUGUCAAAAUGCUACUUUUGGGGGUAGACUUAUGUCUGAUAAACACAACAGCUGUUAAAGCACAGCACAAAGAUGUGGUAGCAAUUAGCUCACUGUAUCACCUGUGGCCCUCAAACAAAUAAAAACUCUCUGAAGAUUA